CUCCAUUAGGUCGAAGGAUGACAAGACAAUGAAUGGAUUUAUGCGUCUUGGCGAAUAACAAGUGCGGGAUAUCAGUGUCCCUCGCUCUGCGCCGUGAUAACGUAGUUGGUGAAUAGGGAGAAAUGCGUAUGACACGCAGGAAUCUGUCGUAAACUACGUCCUGGGCUCUGUACUCCGGCGUGAAAGUAGAGAAUACUAGUCCGAGUGCUUCAGAUGAACGCAUAGGAUAUUUUCUCCACCGCAACCGAGCUAAUGUUAGCAGCUGUGCGCGGAACACUCCGCGAGACCGGAGGAACCACUUCUGACGGAGGCCGUGCUGAAAAUGUACCCGAAUAAUCAGCUGACAGCGCUCCGAUCCGUCGAAGGAAAACUUUUGGGUUCAGUUUCCACGGCGGGCGUGCAGUGAAGGGGGUCGUGCGGCUAACGGGGUCCCGAGGGCCGGUGUGAAGCGUGGAGCCGUGGCUGGCAUGAACCGCAUCGACUGAACGCUUCUCGGGUCGGCUAAUGUUCAUGGGUCCUGCGUACUCGAGAUCCUUACUGCCUCAGAGCGAGACCUGACCGGGCCACACAUUUGUCUAGCUUGACUGGCAUUUCAUGUAUGGAUGGACGCGUACAUGCUUUGACAGAGUCCUGCGUGCAUCGCUGCAGUUGGCACAGUGCACAGUGCAAGGAGGGGCUGUUACUCUAACAAAUAUACAUUGGCUCUGUCGAAGCGUUUAAUUAGCGGAGGCUCGCGGCUGCCUGUCUGCCUAAGAACAUUACGUAAGACUGCAGCGUACGCUACGUCUUUUCGAAGGAAAAUUAUUUGGUGACAUUGCAGUCUCUCUCGGUGAGAUAUAACGUACGCUCCGCUCGGUUAUUACGUCUGUCAAAGGAAGGGAAGGUGGAGCACUGUCCGUCGUACGUGCUGACGCAGUGGGAUUUCUACGCGUGGUCUGCGUCUCGGUCCGCCCUUCCCGCGGUGACGGUGAUGGGUCGGAAGCGGUGUGUCGGUGCAGAUUGUUCGAAGAUGGCGGCCGGGUGCUGCGGGGUGAAGAAGCAGAAGUUGUCGGGAUCCCCCGGUGCGGGGGGUCCCGGCGGGGCGGGGAGCGGAGUAGCCGGGACCGGACAUUGUGGAUCGGAAUUGGGGAUCGGGUCGUCGUCGAGUGUUGUGGCCGGGAACGUGACUCGGGUGAACGGCCUGGGGGGUCCGGGGGUUAGUAGUAGCAACAACACCAAUGCUCUGUCCCCAAACCCAGGAGGAUACAACUCCACCGGCCUCUCCCCGACUCUCAGCCCCGGCUCCGGAGCCAGGAAAAUGGUCGUUUCGGCGGAGAUGUGUUGCUUUUGCUUCGACGUACUUUAUUGCCAUCUCUACGGAUACCAGCCUCCUCGAACACCCAGGUUUACAAACGACCCCUACCCACUGUUUGUCACUUGGAAAAUCGGCCGGGACAAGCGGUUAAGGGGUUGUAUAGGUACAUUUUCUGCCAUGAACCUGCACUCAGGACUCAGGGAGUACACCCUUACCAGUGCCCUUAAAGACAGUCGUUUUCCCCCCAUGACGAGGGACGAGCUGCCGCGCCUCUUCUGCUCAGUGUCUCUGCUCACCAACUUUGAGGAUGUUGGUGAUUACCUAGACUGGGAGGUGGGUGUUCACGGCAUUAGGAUAGAGUUUUUUAGUGAAAAAGGAUCAAAGCGCACCGCCACCUACCUGCCAGAGGUUGCGAAGGAGCAAGGAUGGGACCACAUUCAGACCAUAGAUUCCUUACUUCGAAAGGGAGGUUACAAAGCUCCCAUCACAAAUGACUUCAGGAAGACUAUUAAACUGACCAGGUACCGUAGUGAAAAGAUGACCGUGAGCUACGCAGAAUACAUCGGCCACCGCCAGCAUCAUCACUACCAGAAUGGCAUCGGGCACCCUCUCCCUCCGUACAACCAUUAUUCCUGACAGCGAGCCGCAUGACCAGUCACUGGACCUCUCGGCGGACAUCUUCCCGGGAGAGCCCGCCCCCUCGUGGUCUAGCUAUCUGUACUACUGUACCAUUUUAUGAUGAUAGUUUCCGUUGCCAUGUCCUCGGUCCGUUGGAGGCAUGGCAGCGGGUGGCAAAUAAGCAUUAGGUGAUUAUAAAGCGAAAAAAUACAAUUCAUUUCUUUGUAUUCAUUUAGUUUUUGCAGCGCAUAUAUAUAUAUAACACAAAAAACCCUUCCCUUUUUUAAGAAAAUAAACAAAUAUUAUAUAUAUAUAUUUUUUUUCCAACAAAUUUCCUAAAAUCAGGUUUCUUAGUCUGUGGAUGGAAAUAAGUCAUAUUAAAUGUUGGAGUAGUUAUGCUUUUGCUCGGAUUUUAUGUAUGCUCUGCUUUAGUGAUCGCUCAGUUUUUCUCCCUCUUUUAUUGUUUCUUAUUAGUUUGACUUUUAUAUCAUCUAGGCAGCCACAGGGUUUAAGGGAAUCUCGUUCCUCUCUGUGCAGUUCCUCUCGAGUGGCGAUUUAGUUUUCUGUUCUUGUUUUAUCGUGAGCAUUGUUGGGUUUUGCAGUGUGGCUGACGUUAGGAAGUGAAGAACUAGUAAAGUGUUGUUGUUGGGUUUUUUUUUUCUCGAACUCUCAGAUUAUUGAAACCACUAUCUUAAAUUAGCUUUUGGGUACACCAGAAUAUUUCCCCCAUGAUUUAAGUUGAUUUAAACUGAACUAACUUAGAUAAACAAACCCUUUUUUGUCUAGUGUUGCUAGGAAAAGUCUCUUAUUUAGUUUUUCAUUGUGAUGUGUUGUAUUCGUGUUGUUUGUGAAAUUAAAAGUGUAGGUCUGUGCUCCGAGUAAGGGUGUAAAAGGAUAAAGAGACAGCAGAUUCAAGUCGGUUUGUUUUGUAUUUCACCUAUUUUGUCACACAGAGAGGAAAACCUUUGUGAGAGAACAAGGUUAAACGACAGGGACAAGCUAAAAAAAAAAAAGCCAUACUUUUUUUUUUAAUGCAUGCUGUGGCAGGGAGGUUGCUCUGAAUAGCUGAUUUUAAUUAAUUUCUCUCCUGGUCUGUUUACCUGGCUCGGGAAUCUUCAUUCUCAGGAGGAUGCUUCAGAAGACACUUCGUUUAGUUAUUAAUGAUCUGGUAAUAUGGAUGAAUAUGUCCGUUUCUGUCUCGCAUGGCACCAAUGUUUACACCUUCAUAUGAACGCGCAGACUUUACUGUGGCUGUAAUUGAGAAGAUGACUAAUUUGAUGAAUGUUGUCAUGUCACACCAGGGAGUUUUUUUUAAACUAUGGUCGUUAAGUGUUUUCAUAGUUUUCUCACGGACAAUUUAUACUCUAUUAGACCCCUUUUCAACUCUUGCUCUGUGUUGGUUUGAUACAGCUUUAUUUUAAUUUUUUUCAAAGACCAGGAGGUAGAGUGAAUAUCACGUUAUAUUGUCUGUAGAAGCAGUGGACGCUCUUUUCUGAAAGGAAAAUGAGAAAAUCUGGUUUUGUUUUCAUAUGCAAAAUGUUAAGGGCUUUUUGGGUUCCAUCCACAGUCGUUAUCCAGCUCACUUAAACCUAAAGAGAAAAAAAACCUGAUUUCAGUUGUUUUGCCUUAAAAAUGGUUAUGAUGUGGACCAGCAAAUAUUGCCCUGAGUGCUCAACUACCUUGAGACCGAUUAUUUCAUAACAUGAAGGUUUUGACCAGCGACUUUUGGGCAAAAGAUGCCUGUUUAACAGUCAAGUGUUUAUUACUGCCCAGCCGUGACUGUUUUUCAUCUGAUUAAUCUAAACCCCACCUACCAGGAUGUAGGUCAGCUAUGAAAAGUGACACAUGUUGGUCACACAUUGGUUUCUCUGUCUUGAACAUCCCUUUAAAUAUCUGCAUUAUUUUUUUUUAACCCUGGUAUUGUUUUCUAGUUGGACGAUCAGGGCUCCAUUUGUUGGUCCAUUAACAGCACAAACAAAAAAAAAAAAUCAGCUGCAAAAUCAACUAAGUCUUUGCAUUUGAAAUCUGAUGUAUUGGCCAUUGCAAUACAUUUGUUGCAUGAAUAAGAGGCCUCUUGUUAAACAUGGCAUGCUUGUUUCACUGCUAUAUAGAUAUGAAAAAAAAAAAAAGACUAAAUAAAAUGGUGCUAAUCGGACCUCAUGUUGGGGGUGGUCGCAGUAAAUGUGACUGGUCAUGCGGACUCAUAUCAGACUUUAUUAUUAUCCUCAAUAUAUGCAGAUCUGUUUUACAGGUGUUUUUUUUCUACCAGUGUAAUCUCCUGCAGGUUUGAAAGGACAAGUAGUGACGAGUCUAACCCCAUCUUUCCCCUCAUGGCCUGGGGGAUUUGGGCAUAUGCUUAACAUCUCAUCUCUUAUAGAUGUGCACAUUUACGCAAAAUACAAUUACCCUGGAGUCUCGCUCUUUGUGAAUGUUUGCGUUCAUGUACGUUACCGUUUUGAAAGGCGGCUGGCUUAACAAGCUGAACGCUGUUGCCUCCAUAUGGCCAAAACUACAGCGAAAAUGAGGUUCAGUGUGCUGAAUUUACGUCUCUAACAACAUUUGUUCAAAGAUCAUCGGUUAGUUCAGUUGCAAGCCAUGCUAUGUGAUGAAAGACACGUUGCUUCUGUCAUAUGUCUGUACAUUUUACAGUUGUAAAAUGACUGCAACUGGAACAAAGUAUUUUCAUGAUUCCUAGAGUAGAUUGAACAUGCACUUUGAGGACAUCAGCAAUCCCAGGCGCAUUUGAAGACUGUAGAAUCUCUCAAUACCCGUCCUACAGUUACAUUGCUCAAAGAUUGGUUAAAAACCAUUUUCUCGCUACCCUGUCUUUGGAUUUCUGUUGUUUUUAACACCACAACUGGGAUUAGUGUUUGGCGUGUAUAGCAAAUGCUCAUUUUAGGCAUGCACGUUGGGUUGUAACACCUGCAAACGAGCUUCGUGCUCGGUUGAACCCAUAGUCCUUUGAAAGUUGAUUGGUUCAUGUUACCUUAGUGUGUUCAACCGAACCAAAGAUGCCUCCAGCCAUGUCCAAAUGCUGCUCUACAGACCUGCCUUCCUGUCCUUCCAAAAACCUUCCCUGCAAGAGAAAUGUCUUCUGUUUUCUGUGUAUAUUUUUUUUCUUCUUUUGUACAAUUUCUAAUGUUUUAGGAUUUUAGCUACCUAAGUUCAAUGAAUUUUCAUUGUAGCUGUCUUUGAGACCUUGCACGAUGUCAAUGACCGUAAUACUAGGUUGCACUUUUUAUUUUUUUGUUUUCAUCAUUGUUGUCAUUAUUAUAUAUUUUUGUAAACAAAGAAAACCCCAUAGCGUGCCUCUUAGAUUUAUGGGUUUCUUAAGGUUUUUUUUUUUUUUUUUCCUAAGACCAGCAGUUAUACUUUAUACAAAAGAUGAGUUAAUCCUUAUUUUUAAAUGCAAUUUAAGGAAAAAAUAAAAAGCCUCUUUUCUUUACUCUGGACCCAGUAGCUGCACUGGCAUACAAUCGCACUGAUAGAUAUGGGGGGAAACGUAUAACUAAUAAUAAUAAUGAUGAUGAUAAAAAAAAAAAAAAAAAAAAGUUAACUACAAUAAAUUUGUUUGAAAACUUUUGUAAAAAAAAAAGAAAAGGAAAAAAAGUAAACACAAUGACUGUUUUUAUAUAUCAAGUUAAUUCUUAAAAAAAAUAUUUUGGACCUAGUUUCUAAAUUAUUUUAGUGGUUUUCUAUGUUCUGGAGCUUUGAGAAGAUGAGUUUUGAACAUGCCCUUCGAUGACUGACAGCUUGCGGUGUCAUUGGGGGCCGGGGUUGCCUGGUGUAGCCCCAUAUGCCCACCACUUUUUGUUUCUAUUUUGAUUUUGGAUUCUUUCUUCCUUUCAGAACUUGAAAUAAAGUAACGACUUGGCAAAAAAAAAAAAAAAAGAAAACAAAAAAAAAUAUAUAUAUAUAACUCCCCUGUAGAACUAGAUCAUUUAACCCCACUGAAUUGCUGUUAGUGUGAUGAGACCUGAAAUGGGCAUUUAUUAUGAAUAUGGUAGUAUGGCUACAAAAAAAAAAAAAAGACAAAAAAAGACAAAAUUACAAAAAAACAACAAAAAGUGUUGGGGGGGGGGGUAGAUGGGUUAUAUGUGGGUAUGUGAGCUAUGGCUGUGGCAAUGAUAAUGUAGUUUUAAAACAUUAUUGUUAUUACCUUUUAAAUCAUUUAUCCAAUAAAAAAUUAAUUCUGAAAGGAUAA